CCAAGGAAGGACGCCGGAACAGAUCCAAGAACGGCUGCAGAGCUAAGAAGGAAGAAGAGAAGGAUCGGAGGCUUAGGUGGGAUGGACGCGAUAAGAUUAACGGGUGCUAAUUCGAAAUUGCGCUGCCUUGACAACCGAAUCAUCACAACCCCCAAGGCGCCCCUCCUUUGGUAUCUUUCCUUUAUUUCUCCACAGUGCAUCCAGACCUAAAAUUUUUCGUUCGUUCUUUUAUUCUCUUACUUUACUGAUCAUGGCGGAUAUUCCACCCACCAGUCCCUCAAAUUUUAGCUCUCAACAUUCCCAACAAUCUACUAUCGGGAAGCACGAUGGACAUGUAGAGGGCAACCUCAAUUGUGUCGCCAUGCGUCAUGGAUGGUCUCGUUCCUUUUCUUUGCCGCCCACAGAGGUGUCCUCUAUGUCUUAUGAUUCCCUUUCGCGGGCCUUGGAAAUCCAUACCCUUAAUUUACGCCCCAUGGCUCUUCGUAUAUUCGUCGAGCACCCAGCUUCGUCAGGAAACUGGUGCAAAAUUCGCUCUUUCAAAGCUGACGGAUCAUUGCAGAGCGUCUUAGUCCGGACUUUCUUCGAAGAGAGGCUCCGGGAGGGCGUUGUCACGACGAUAGAUAUCCGUGACGGUGUCGACAGGAAAGAGGAGUCCGACGGGAGGAGUCUCCGUAGUAUGGGAAGCAAAAUAUUGCACCCACAGAAAGAGAAGACGGAGAAGAAACAAGGUGGCGGCUGGUUUAAUGGAUUAAUUAAUCGCAUCAAGACCGUGGCAGCGCCACCGAAGAAGGAACUCAGAGACAUUAACACCGACGAGGCCGAGGAGCUUCGCCCACAUGACGCAGAGGAGGGCGAUGCCUCGAACAAACCUUCGAUUUUUAAAACGGGUAUCCUCUCCUACUUCCUUCCGCCUGCAACUAUUCCACGAGCGCAUAAUACUCCUCCACCUGAACCAGCGCAGGACCAAGAAGUGGAGCAGAUGCGUAAGCGCGGGUGGCUUCCGCCGGGCGUAAGGAGGCAACUUUCUUUCCGGCAGCGUUUGUCGUCGAAGAAAACUUCCAAUCCCUUCCUUGGAGGCAAGCGUGCAAAGAAGCAGCAGGAAGACGACAAUCCUUUCGUCGAUCCAAGCCCUGCUGGUGCCGACGAAGAAGGAGAGGAAGGAGAGGUUGAUGAUUUCUUCGAACUUGAGCGGCCUGACAUUGCCGAUGCCACUGGGGUGGAGAUGGACAAGUCAACUGGCAGGGCAUGGUCGAGAUUUAAUCCAAAGCGAAGCCGCAGUAAAGGUAAAGGUAAGGGGAAGGCCGUGGAACAACCACGGGAAUCACCUACGCCCCCUCCGAAAGAUGACGAUAUAGAGUGAGUCUUAUACGUAAACUUUUUCCGCCAUGAAGUUACGAACUAGUAUGAUUUCCUUUGGUACUUACAUAUUCUUAAAUUUUCAUUAUCAUCUCUUUAUUUCUUAUCAAAUGGAGUACAAUUUACCCCCUGACCCUUAGUUACUUACAUCUUUCAUGAUGCGAUAUUAUCCCCUUUAUUUUACACCUUUUGCUCCGUAUUUUGAUUGUAGAUACAGCUGUCGUUCGCUUCGUUCACUUAUAUUUUAAUUCAAUCGACGCGUGGGAAUAAAAACAAAUAACGCGUUUCUCCUGUUAAUGUCAC